CGUCGCCUCCUUCUGCCGCGGUUGUCCUGACGUGAGCCGGAUCAGUCUUGAUUUGCCGCUCGGUUGUUGUAAGCAGAAAUACGCGAUGGAUCCGGGCGCUUUCAAAUACCCCCUUUUCUUCGAGGCGCCCAGCCUGGACGCUGGCAAGAUGAAGAAAACGGAAAGCUACUUCAAGGUCCGCCGUAAAUCAGGAGGAGGGGAUUGCGGGGGUCUCGUUAGACUGACGGAUAAAGUUUAUCAGAUCAGCUUCAGAGAUGAGACAGAUCAACAGAGAGUUCUUGAAAAAUCUGAACAUGUGGUGGAGUUUGAGGACGGUCCUGUGACGCUUAAAGUCCAUCUGACGGCCCCCUUCGUCAGUCCAGACCUGGGCUCAACACCUGCAAUUAAGAGCCAAUCGUCCAGUCAUGACUCACCACUGCCAUCUAGUGAUGUAGAAUAUGAACUACAUCUUGACACAUACCUCCUCCGUUAUCUGAAGGAAUGCCCGAGGGCAGAGAGGGAACUAGAGAGAGAGCUGUCUUCAUUGGCCUGCUCCGCACAGCUCCAUCCAGAGGAAGAGAGGGCUUUAGUCAGGGUCUCUGCCCAAACCACACCAAAUAAGGAUGGGGCAGAGCGAUGGAAAGCUAGGGUUGAUGAACUCUUUGAACAAAUCAAAAAACGCUACUUCUGCCUCUACGAGGUUGAUCCACAUAGAGUAAAGGCUCUGCUUAGGUCUUGCAGGUCUAUCCAGGCCACGGAUGAGGUUAGGAUUUACAGCCAAAUUGGAGUGGCUGUUGUGGUUGGGGAGCAUGCCCAUGUCCAGGCCUGGCUAAAGAACAUUUUGGACUCACAGGUUAAAAGUCAAGGGUCAGAGGUCAGUCAGAGGCAAACCGUCACUCGUCGACUGGGUGAGGCGAAACUGAACCUCCUCUGGAAGGAGAUAGAGCAAGGUCUGAGAGAGUUUAUACCAGGAGUGAAAGCCACGCAGGGUGAUGGAGGUAAACUGGUUUUGGAAGGUUAUGUGGGGGAUGUUCGAAAGGCUGGAGAGUGGGUGGCUGAGAACGAGGGGCUGGUUUUUGAGAAGGUGGUUUCUGAAGUGAGUCUGUUUCUUUUGGUGUUCCUGAAGAAAGCAUAUGGCGUUUUUGGGACGCUAGCCACCUUAUUAGAGGUUGGAGGAAAGGUGGAAAUAGAGAUAGGAGACAGUGAACUACGUCUCUUCACCCUUGUCCAUGAAAAGCUAGACCAUACUGAGAAGGCACUGUGGAGUAAGUUUAAGGAUGUAAAAAUUGACAUCCCUAACUGCUCUGUUGUGCCAUCUGACCUUAAGCUGAAGCUUGAGUCAAAGGCAAAAAAGGGAGGAUAUAGAGCUAUGGUCAGGUUUGGCUCAGACAGCAAGGUUUAUUUAGUGGGGCACACUGACGAAGUUGAUGAGCUGAAUGAAGAGAUCAUACAAUUUAUAUUAGAUCAUUCCAGCGUGGAGAAUUAUGUUCUUCUCCCUUUCCCAGAGGUAGCAAAUCAUUUGCCUGAAUUGCUGAAACUGCAUGAUUUUGACCAUUCAGAUGUGACCUUUCAUUCUGUUAUGACAUCCUCUAGACCAAUGAUAUGCCUAUCAGGCUCGUCUAGGCAAGUGACACAGGUAAGAAACAGACUGGGUCCAUUUCUGGACUCCUUGGUUCGGGACACAAUCACUAUAAACCAGCCUGGUGCUUUGCGUUAUUUUCAAAGCCCUGCUGGGAGGGACGUGGUCCAAACGAUUGGCAUUUCUCAUCACUGCCUCAUACAGCUUCAAGACCAGCACCACGUAACUGAAGAGAAUAGGCCACCCAUUGUGGGAUUCAGUCAGGGAAGCGCAACAAUUGCCAGUUACCAGCUUCAGAGCGGGCUUCAGGUGUUGGUUCGACAUGGCGACAUCACCAAAGAGCAUGUUGAUGCCCUGGUGAAUGCUGCCAAUGAGAACCUGGAUCACUGUGGUGGUGUGGCUGCAGCGCUGAGUAAAGCAGGGGGUCCUCAGGUGCAGAAAGAGAGUACAGUUCUUGUUAGGCAGACUGGGAAAAUUCCUACAGGGGACGUGGUUAUGACGACAGGAGGGAAGCUAUACUGCAAGGCACUACUGCAUGCCGUUGGGCCUGUUUGGGGAGGGGGAGUAGGUGGCAGAGAAAGGGCAUUACUGGAAAAAGUAGUUCUGUCAACUCUCAAACUCGCCAAGACUUUGGAAUGUCAGUCGUUGGCUAUGCCUUGUAUCAGCUCCGGUAUUUUCGGCGUCCCUGUAAAAGUGUGCGCAGAAGCCAUUGUAACUGCCAUUAGGGAGUUUGUGCGUCAGGGGCAAAGCCUGAAUAAAGUCAUCCUGAUUGAUAACAGGGUUGAAGUGCUCCAGGCCAUGCAGGAGGCCUGUGACAGACUUAUUGAGGGGAUGUGUACGGGUCGCAGUGCAACCGGUGCUUCUGGAGUCCAGGGGGUUUCUGGUACUGCUAACCUGAACCAACUGAGGAGGCCUGCCACUGGGGCUGCUGGUAACUGCGUCCGGUUGGAGAUCGUUCAGGGAACCAUCGAAAAACAGCAGGUGGAUGCCCUGGUCUCUCCUAUAGUUGGCAAUGAUCCUGUCUCCACUCGUGUAGGAAAAAUUUUGUCAGAUGUGGUUGGAUCCCAGCUGGUGGCAGGGUUUCAUAGUGGGGUGAAGCGAGCAAUGUUACCCGGUGAAAAUGUGCUGGUCGAGGGUCUCUCAGGAAAGCUGUCGUGUAACCGGGUGUUCUUCCUCAAUCUCAUUCACUGGGAUAAUAACCAAGAAGGAACAGCAGUCCAGGUUCUGAGGCAAGGUGUCCGCAGUAUCCUGUCCUUCUGUUUGCACCGACGCCUCAGCUCUGUCGCUUUCCCUGUGCUUGGCACAGGCGCUGUUUUACGUUUCCCUCACCGCGUGGUGGCCAAGGUUCUGCUGGAAGAGUUCCAUUCUUAUGAACACAAUGUAGCUGGUCAAACACCAUUCCUGGUCCGCAUCAUCAUCCACCCCAACGAUAAGGAGUCAGCUAAGGAAUUCGAGUGUGCACAGGGAGCUUUGCAGCUCAGAGGUUUCACAAACAAUUUGCAUCCAGACUACGGUUCCUUCUACCGCCAUAUCUCCUCCUCCCCCGAUGAGGUCACAGCCACGCUGGGUGGAGUCAAGCUUCAGCUCGUCAGUGGUGACAUUACUCAUGAGAAGACUGACGUCAUUGUCAACACAACGGCCUUCCAGACCAUCCAGUCAGCAGGCGUCUCUAAAGCCAUCCUGACUGCAGCGGGUCCCAGUGUCCAAGCAGAGUUAAGACAAGUGGGUAUACCGAAGGAUAGUAUGUGCACCACGGGACCCGGGGCACUGGGUUGCAAAGAAAUCAUUCAUGCGACUUUUUGGUGUGACUCCCAAAGAAUCAGCGAGAUUUGUGGCAAGAUACUAAAGCAGUGUGAGAGCAAAGGCUACCGCUCAGUCGCCUUCCCAGCCGUCAACACAGGUGUGGCAGGAAUGGACUUUCAGAGAGCUGGUAAAGCCAUGCUAGACGGCAUGGCGGCGGCUGUUCGGAAUUUGAAGCCAGCAUUCCUGUCACUGAUCCGCAUUGUCAUCAUGCAGACUCCCAUCUUCCAGGCUUUUAGGUUGGAGUUGGAGAACCGCUUCGGAAAAACUGCUCCUUGCCUCACUUUGAGAGAAAAAGCAAAACAGAUGCUUGAAAAAAUUAAAGUGUGUGCUUCCAGUCAUAUUCAAAGCCUAAAGUAUUUGUCUUCAACACCCUCUGGUCUGACCCUCCACUCAUGGGAGCCAUACCCAGUGGUUUUAUGUGUAGUGGGCUGUGGGUCUGACACAAGUGAGGCCAUCAGAAGAGAGCUGGAGGAAAACUUGCAGCAGCAGCUGACAGAGAGGGAGGUGGAUGGAAAGGAUGUUUCCAGGCUGGACGUCAUGGAGCUCGAGGCCGUUCAGGUGAAAGUCAGAGCCCUCGGGGUGAGCCUGCAGCAGGUGCGGGGUCCAAGGGGGGAAAGGCCGGCUGAGGGCGGUGGUGGGGCUGAGGUCAUGUACGUGCUGAGAGGCCUGAAGGAAGACGUGCUGAGUGUCAACGAGCUGGUGGACAAAGCUCUCAAACGAUCGCUCCACAGCGACCUCCAGAAAAAGGAGGAGGCCAUGGUGGCCCUGCAAGUCCAGUGGUCGAUGCAGGAUGCGCAUGGAGCCUGGCAAGAAGUGAGUCUGCAUGGAAACUACCUCCUGGAGCAGGCCUACCAGCAGAAAGACGUGUGUGUGGACAUAAACAGAGUGGACGGGACAAAGGUGAAAGUUAACAUGAAAAAAAAAGAAGCAAUCGACUGUCAAACAGGCCUCACCUACAUGCUAAAACGAGAUCAGACAGCAACUUUGGAGUUACCCAAGCACUGGGAACCCAUGGCUGAGGAGACCUUCAUGAAAGUCCUGCUGCAGCCCAACUCACGGGAGUACGAGGCAGUAGCUCAGGAUUUCCUGAAAACAGCUGUACAGUACAAAAUCCGCAGAAUCGAGCGUGUGCAGAACACCCACCUGUGGCAGGCCUACGCACUGUGCCGUCAGCGUAUCUGGGACAAGAACGGGGAAGCGGAUGUUGGGGAGAAGAUGCUGUACCACGGCUCAACAGCAGAAGCAUGUUACUGCAUUGAGAGGACCAAAUUUGACAGGAGCUAUACAGGAAAGCAUGGGUCACUGUAUGGGAGAGGCGUUUACUUUGCGGUGAAUGCCAGUUACUCUGCCACAAACUACUCUCCACCGGACCAAUCAGGACUGCGGCGGCUGUAUGUGGCUCGCGUACUGACUGGCCGCUACAUUUUGGGUAACGCCGCCAUGAAGAGCCCUCCUCCCCGUUCGACCUCUGACCCCUCUGACUGCUUCGACAGCCUGGUGGACAGUCAGACACCCAAAAUGUUUGUCAUCUUCCACGAUCACCAGGCCUACCCAGAAUACCUAAUCAGCUUCGUCUGACAACACGUGCGCUCCUUUUCUUCCUCUUGUGCGUUUAGUGCUCUGAUGUAUUCUUCAGAUGAAUAUAUUUGUUUUUCUUACAUGAAGAAACAAACAUAUAUGAGAACUCCUUGUUGACCGAAGAGGUCACUUGGAUGAGUGCUGAAACAUCUCUCAAUAAACAUUGUAUCCAGAUGAACUGAUUCAACCUUCUUUGAACUCCUUGUUAGCUUUUUUUGGGGGGGGGGGGAUUCCCCCACCCCUUUUCUCCCCAGUUCUAUUCGGCCAAUUACCCCACUGUUCCAAGCCGCCCCGGUCGUUUCUCCACCCCCUCUGCUGAUCCGGGGAGGGCUGCAGACUACCACAUGCCUCCUCCGAUACAUGUGGAGUCGCAAGCCGCUUCUUUUCACCUGACAGUGAAGUCUUUCGCCAGGAGGGACGUUGCGCGUGGGAGGAUCAUGCUAUUCCCCCCAGUUCCCCUUCCCCUCAAACAGGCGCCCCGACUGACCAGAGGAGGCGCUAGUGCAGCGACUAAGACACAUGCCCACAUCUGGCUUCCCACCCGCAGACACGGCCAAUAGUGUCUGUAGGGACACCUGACCAAGCCAGAGGUAACACGGGGAUUCGAACCAGCGAUCCCUGUGUUGGUAGGCAACGGAAUAGACUGCUACGCUACUUGGAUGCCCUGAACUCUUCGUUAGCUUUAACUGUAUCUGAUACUUGUUCCUUUUUUUUUUUUUGUUUAUUUGAAUAGGGACAGUGCAUAUUAAUGGACAUGGGUAUCGUAGAUACACAUGUAAACAUGCCGGAUUGUAGCAAUACUGCUCAUUUACAUCCGUUGUCCCUAAGCCGGUCAGAGCAAAAAAAUAAAAACGGAUGUGGUACACCACCACACAAUACCAAAAUAUACAACAAUACAUGCAAUAUUACAUUAUGCACCCCACAAAACCAUACACCACAAUACAAUACAAUACAAUACAACACAAUACAAAAAAAGCAGCUCCAAUAAUGGCAUAUUUAUCCAGUGAAUAUUUGACCUUUUCUAUAAAAACAUUGAUUGCCGUUUCGGUUGAAUGGUGGACACGAAAACCAAAUUGCAUUGGGUGCAAAGGAGUAUAUCCUUUAUUCAGAUGCUCAAUGAGUUGAUUUGCUAGCCAUUCCUCUAUAAUUCCCGAUAAGGUCGAAAGAAUACUGAUUGGUCUAAUUAUUCAUGUCCAUUUUGUCCCCAGAUUUAAAGAUUGGUAUAAUCGCGGCAGCCUUUCAUUCUGAAGGAACUAUAGACUGUUUGAUUGAUAGAUUGACCAUGUGUGUAAUCGGGUGUAGUAUGGGAGUCUUUAUGCAAUUUUAUGAAGCUGGUGUCAAAUCCAUACUCAUCCUUAGCUUUGGAGUUAUUUAGUGCAUCAAUAAUAUCGGCCACUUCUGGCUCAGUGAUUUCUUCCAUUUUAAAUAUCAGUUGUGCAUAGUUAGUGGGGUGAAGUAUACCUUUAUAUGAAGUAAAAAGCGGAGAUAUUUUUUGAGCAGAAUUUUUAAAAGAAGAGUUCAGUUCAGUAGCCAGGAGGAGAAGAUCUUUCGCCAAUCCGUUAUUAACUUUAAGUUCUCUACGUCUUUAUUAUCCUGUUUUUUUUCUGUUUACCUGUUAGUUUAUUGUUUUUGCCAAUUUUUUUUCCAUUGCCCUUUGCAUUUUCAGUAAUGACCGUAAAUAAAUUUGCUUUGGCUUUCCA